AUGACACUGUUUCAUGCAGCUGCUCCAAUAUCAAAUAAUAAUCAUCCGCCUUCGUACAUUGUGGCUGCAACAACGACAAUAACAGCGACAACGACCAAUGCUGUCAUCGACAGCCCAACAAAUAAUAACAAUUCGCAAACGUUAAGUGAUAUUAAACUUAUAUGUGCACAAAGAAAAAAGAAAACCAAACGUCAUAUUUAUUUAACAUUUGUUGACAGUUGUCUAUUAUCUUCAUCCGAUGAUCAACCAUGCAUUGAAAUCAUUCGAAAAUCAAAUAAUUCAUCAUCAACAGCAUCAUAUUCAUUAAAUGAAUGUAUCGCAUUUGAAUAUUUCGAUACCGUGAAAAAUGACUUUCAAUCAUUUAUUUAUGUUUACUAUGAAUCCUAUACAGUAUCAAUAUUUUUUUCCGAGGAAAAUCUCAACAAGAAAUCUAUGAUUAUAAAACAUCUGGAUUAUAUGUAUCAAAGUAAAUCAGAAAACUCCUCACAAACAAGUGGAAAUUCUUCUCAAGAUCCAUCACAAUCUCAAUCAUUAACAAUGCAAUCGCAACAGCAGCAGCUGCAGCAGCAACAACAACAACAACAACAAAACUUAGUUUUACCAUGUCCACCAACGACCGAACAUAUUUUGCACGCAUUCGAUGCAACUUUAAUUCCACAUGGAACCAUCAUAAAUCGAGAUCAUGGAUUAGUGGGUCCGACACGACUUUAUUUCACAACAACAGAUUUAUAUAUUGCUUCAGCACAAUGUAAUCGACUGGAUUUGAAAGUUACGAUUACAAAUCAAUGUCCAUCAAAAGACAGAGCUAUUUUAUGCAUACCUUAUUUUACAAUAAAAAAUUAUGGAAAUCGUUCGAAUAUAUUUCUUAUUGAAUUAGGAAAAUCCAAUUAUGGCAGUGGUGAAAUACAUAUGAAAUGUCAUUCAUCUUCAUUAGCAAGUACAAUACAUCUAUUAGUAAGUCCUGUUAUUGAAGAACGCCCAUUAAUACUUUCAUCUGCAUUUCAAAAUCAAUUAUUAACGAACAAACGUAUUGAAAAAUCAAAAAAUAUUCAUCCGCCCAUACAACUCAAUAAUGACACAGCAAAUCAAUCAAUCUUAGAUUCACCAUUAGCAUUACUAAGAAAGACAGCAAUGCAAGCAAGUGAAACGAAUGGCACAACACAAUCAACGAAAAACAAUGAAAUCAAACCGCAUGUAGUUGUAGGAUUUUUUCGUUCGCUAUCAAAAAAUGUUUCAAAUCUGAGACGAUCAGCAACAUUUCAUAGUAAUAGUGAACGUGCACUAGCAAGAGAGAAUGAUUUAUUAGCGAAAAAUAAAUCGAUUAUGCUUAGUAUUGAUGAGAAAAAAAUUCAUAAUGAUCAGCAUCAAAUUAUUUUGCCGGACCAUCAAAAGAAGAACGCUUCAACUCUAAGUGUCUCAUCAAUCAUGACAAAAAGAACUAGUGAAACAACAUUAACAUCAGCAACAAUAUUGAAUACUUCUAAACCAGAAUCAACUGUGGGAACAUAUAUUGAUAUGGGUUUAGCAUUACCAAAAUCAGAUACAAGUCCAACACAAGAAACUGACGAUGAAAUUAUUACAAAAGAACCAACGGCAAUUGCAGAGAUUGGUGUUAAUACUAUGAUUAGCCUAUCGCCUCAUGUUCGUUCUGCAAUCAUCGUUGGCAAUUCAGUUCAUCUGAUAGCUGAUGAGUCUCACACUUUCCCGAUUGGUCAACGUUCAUUUACUUCGCCUGCUCGUGUUAUGCAGCCGUUCAAAACACAAUUAACUGAUCAAAUAACAACUACUGGUUACGAAACUUCAUCCGGUUUAAUGACGUCAUCUCUAGAUAGUUCAAAUUCUCUUCAACAAACAAAUUCCGUAUCCGAUUCUCAUAAAUCUCUUUUACUUUCUUACGGUAUAGUCACAUUUAGCAAUAAUGAUUGUAUGAUGAACGAUCAAACUGAUCUUCCAACAAGUUCGCUAUCAAAUAGUAGCACGCUUGAACAUCGUCUUAAUUCUGAUGUAAGUCUUAUGUCGACACCUCAACAGCCACAAGCUUCUAUUGCAAAUACAAUUGAUGCUACAUCAGCCUGUUCAGGUGCGCACACAUUUCAAACGCUCUUUCGUUCAACAAAUAAUAUCGGUGAAACAGGAUCAUUUCAAAUGCGAACAGCUCAUAGUUCAGUUCUACUAUUCGAUGAUCAUGCCAAUGAUCCAGUAACAACAUAUUUACUUGGGCCACCACAAAGUGUAAAUGAAGAAAAAACUUCCGUACAUCUAUCAUCAUUCAAUUUAACCACAUCUACAUCGCGUGUACAAUUAUCAAAUAUCGAUGAAGAAAAGACAUUAUCAAAUGAUCCCUAUGCAUUAGCUGAACCAUGGAUACGAGAUAGUUCAUCACAAUCAACAUUGGUAAUUAAUUCAAAUAGUCAAUUAUCACAACCAGAUAAAUCUAUAUAUUACGCGGAUAUACUUUUGCCAUCACUUAUAGCAAAUGAACGUUCCGACAAUAGCGAACAACAGCAGCAGCUAAACAAUAAUCUGGAUGAUAUAGUGAACGAAACAGAUCUUGAUAAAAAAGAAGAAGAAGAAGACGGACAUGAAAAUAAUGAAAGAAUAUCAACAAAACUUUAUGCAGAUAUUGAUUUUCAUCAAACGCAAAGAUAUGAUCGUAUUGUUCAGUCUGCAGCUAAAGCUAAAAUCGAUGAUCAAACGCCGCCUUUUGUACUAUAG